UUACCGGUGCUCGGGCUGCUGCUUGAGUACCCGAUCUUCGAGAGAUACAGCAGAGGCCUGCACGGCGUGAACGCAAAGCUGAAGGAGGAUCAUGCCGAGUACCGCGCCCCCAUCGACUUCGAGUUGCAUCACGCGCAGCUGGACGAUUUCAAGGAGCACCAUAUAUACGCGAAAAUGCGUUCGAUAGAGGACCAGCAUAGCAUCUUAGACGGUUGGAUCCGGUCUGUCGAUGCGUACGCGGGCCGCCACCUCGGGUACCUCAACCCGAAGGGCAUCGUGCCCCAGUCAGCAGUUAUCAAGAAGGGCGAGUUCCGCAACAACCCGUAUCGGGAGAAGAAACGCUAUGACGCGACGUCAUUGUGA